AUGAGCCACCCUCUCGGCCGGAUGCUGGUCCUCCUGGUGUCGCUUCACCAGUGCUCGAUGGUGUCGCAUUCGAAGAUGCACAGCGAACGGGAAUCGGUUCUGAUCCCCGGCGACAUCGUUCUCGGGGGUCUGUUUCCGGUCCACGAGAAGGGCAGCUCGUCGUGCGGACCGAACGUCUACAAUCGAGGCGUUCAACGUCUCGAGGCGAUGCUGUUCGCGAUCGAUCAGAUCAAUGGGGACAAGGGUAUACUGCCAGGGAUCACGUUAGGGGUGCAUAUUCUGGACACCUGCGGCAGGGACACGUACGCGUUGAAUCAGAGCCUGCACUUCGUCAGGGCGUCCCUGUCGAAUCUGGACGUGAGCGUGCUGGAAUGCGCAGACCGAUCUGUGCCCAAGGUGAAGAAGACCGUCACGGCUGGCCCAAUAUUCGGUGUGAUCGGGGGAUCGUACAGCUCGGUGUCUCUGCAGGUGGCGAAUUUGUUGAGGCUCUUCCAUAUACCCCAGAUCUCGCCAGCGUCCACCGCCAAGGCGCUCAGCGACAAGACCAGGUUCGACUACUUCGCGAGAACAGUGCCGCCGGACACGUUCCAAUCGAUCGCGCUCGUGGACGUGGUGAAGAGCGCGAACUGGUCGUACGUGUCCACCGUGUACUCCGAGGGCAGCUAUGGGGAGUACGGUAUCGAGGUGUUCACCAGAGAGGCGACGGAGAGGAACGUGUGCAUAGCUGCGGCAUUGAAGGUGCCGAGUGCCGCGGACGAUCGUGUCUUCGACGACAUAAUCCAACGUUUGAGCAAGAAACCGAACGCUCGGGCGGUGGUGUUGUUCACACGAGCCGAGGAUGCCCGAGGUAUCCUCGAGGCUGCUAGACGUUCGAAUCUCAGCCAGCCUUUUCAAUGGCUGGCCAGCGACGGUUGGGGCCGUCAGAGCAAGCUCGUCGAGGGUCUCGAGGAGGAGGCCGAGGGUGCGAUCACGGUCGAGCUGCAAUCGGAAAAUAUACCAGGUUUCGACGAUUACAUGGCCUCGUUAACGCCGGACGGUAAUCGCAGGAAUCCGUGGUUCGGCGAGUACUGGGAGGAGGUGUUCGGUUGCGUGCUGAAGAGAAGCCAGGCGAAUCUGAACUCGACCAUGUGCUCGUCGAAGCUCCGUCUGACCGCCGCGACCGGUUACGAGCAGGAAUCGAAGGUGCAAUUCGUGGUGGACGCUGUGUACGCGUUUGCGCUCGCCCUCCACAAUCUCCAGAGGGAUAUGUGCGCGAAAAUCGACGGACUUUGCGUCGCAUGGGGGGGGGGGGGAUGAUCUGUUUUUCUUUUCUUUUGUUUUUUGCUGGAUUUUUCAGACGCUGCUGGCAGCGAGGUGAAGUUCGACGAGCACGGGGAUGGGCUGGCGCGGUACGAGAUCCUGAACUUCCGGAAAUCGGACCUGAACGGGUCUAAUGGAUACCACUAUCGGGUGGUGGGGAAAUGGUUCAACUAUCUGGACAUCCGUACCGAGGAACUGGUCUGGGCAAGGGGCACCAAGGACAUACCGAUCUCCGCUUGCUCGUUGCCCUGCGAGCCAGGUAUGAUAAAGAAGCAACAGGGUGACACUUGUUGCUGGGUGUGCGACCAGUGCGAGGAGUACGAGUACGUUUACGACGAGUACACCUGCGAGGACUGCGGGCCGGGUUUCUGGCCGCACGUGGAUAAGAGGGGCUGCUACCAGUUGCCGAUCAACGACAUCAGAUGGGACAGCGCGUUCGCGAUUGCCCCCGGUGUGAUCUCGUGCCUCGGUAUCGCGGCGACCCUGGCGGUUGCGUGUCUCUUGUUCCAUCAUCGGGACACACCCCUCGUGAAAGCGUCGGGCCGCGAGCUCACGGUCAUACUAUUGGCCGGCGUGCUUGUCUGUUAUCUGAACACGUUCAUAUUGCUGGCCACGCCCACCACCGUCACCUGUAUACUGCAGCGAUUCGGCGUCGGGGUCAGUUUCAGCGCGGUAUACGGCGCCCUGUUGACCAAAACCAAUAGGAUCGCGAGAAUCUUCGACUCCGCCUCGAGGUCCGCUGUCCGACCGAAAUACAUUAGUCCCGCGUCCCAGGUCUGCAUCGCUGCUGCCCUGAUCGCAUUGCAGAUCGUGUUGACGUUAGUGUGGAUGAUCAUCGAGCCCCCAGGCACCAGAUUCUUUUAUCCAGACCGUAAACAGGUGAUCCUCAAGUGCAACAUCCAGGACAUGAGCUUUCUGUUCUCGCAGCUCUACAACGCGCUUCUGAUCCUGAUCUCGACGAUAUACGCGGUGAAAACACGAAAAAUCCCGGAGAAUUUCAACGAGAGCAAGUUCAUCGGUUUCACGAUGUACACCACGUGCAUCAUCUGGCUGGCGUUUGUACCGAUCUACUUCGGCACCGAAAACGCCCACGAGACCCAGAUCACCACCCUGUGCGUUGCGAUCAGCCUCAGCGCGUCCGUCACUUUGGUCUGUCUCUACUCGCCGAAGGUCUACAUCAUACUAUUCCAGCCAGACAAGAACAUACGACGGAAGGUGACCAUGGGGGAUAAAUUUAAGAAACAGGGAAGCAGCGCCGGAACCUCUUCCAUUACCAAGUACACCGGCUGCGAGCUGACCAGCGAGAGUAUGCCGCUACAGAGCGCUCUGACCGCCGCCGUUCAGACGUCCGUCGGCGUGACGGAGAUCUCCCUGGCGUCGAACACAUCGGGCAAAACUACUAACGAGCAAGUCGCGGAGGUAUAG